AUGUGCCUUUCAACAUUCACGGAUAAUUUUGUUUACGCUAUGGGUGUAUCGGGGGCCGUCGUCGGUGUCUUGAGUUUUGCCAUUGUUGCAGAUACUGCGUCGCCUGAAAAGAGAGGGGAGUAUAUGCCAUUCGUAUCAACUUCAAACACCUGUGGAAUGAUUUCCGGUCCCGUCAUAGGAGGCCUGCUGUUCGACCACUUUGGAGCACACGGGGCUUUCGCGUUUCCAGCUUUUAUGCUAUUAUGCGACAUCAUACUGCGUAUAAUGAUCAUUGAGAAAGGUAAUCAAGAGAGGCUGACAGUGGUUCGGCCGAUUCAUGUUUUGAAGAUCGUCGCUAAUCUUCUGAUAGAUCAAGAUGAACCUCUGUCGCCUCUGGCUGGAGAAGAGGCGACAUCACUGCCCCCGAAGGAUUAUAAUCAAGCAUCUCUGCGGCUUCGCGAAUUUUACGAUGUACGAUUUCUCACUGCGGUGAUAACCCAGAUCACAAUAUCCUCUAUCUUUGCCGCAUUAGAGACAACUAUCCCAAUAUUCACCAUGGAAACAUAUAACUGGUCCUCGACAAAUGCGGGUCCAAUUUUUUUGGGGAUAUCUCUUCCAAGUUUCCUCAGCAUCCCAAUGAGCAGAUACGGUCGGAAUUGGAGGCGCCGUCGAACCAUCCAUUCAGGUUCGACAAUUUUUCCUUCAAUAUUCGAUAAGCUUUAA